CUUACGAAGAGACAUCAUGUUGUACGUGGCCAAAUAACAUUUCUCUUACAAUGCCGCGGCAAAUAUUACGGCUGUAACGACAAGUUAAGCAGGGCGAUGUGAUAUGUUUACGCGUUCGUGAUAAAGUACUCGCCCGUUGUAAAUGUAUUUCGGUGCCAGGUGCCUAGCAAAAUGGGCAAAUUGUUGUCAAAAAUCUUUGGCAACAAGGAAAUGAGAAUUCUUAUGUUAGGAUUGGAUGCUGCUGGGAAAACUACAAUAUUGUAUAAACUUAAAUUAGGACAGUCUGUAACAACUAUACCAACUGUAGGAUUCAAUGUAGAAACAGUUACCUAUAAGAAUGUUAAGUUCAAUGUUUGGGACGUUGGUGGACAAGAUAAAAUACGUCCGUUAUGGCGUCAUUAUUAUACAGGAACACAGGGACUUAUUUUUGUAGUUGACUGUGCUGAUAGAGAUCGAAUUGAUGAAGCUCGUCAAGAACUUCAUCGAAUUAUAAACGACAGAGAAAUGCGCGAUGCUAUAAUUUUAAUAUUUGCAAACAAGCAAGAUCUUCCUGAUGCAAUGAAACCACACGAAAUACAAGAAAAGUUGGGUUUAACUAGGAUACGAGACAGGAAUUGGUAUGUCCAACCGUCGUGUGCCACAACAGGGGACGGGCUUUACGAAGGUCUUACAUGGCUAACCAGUAAUCAUAAAUUAUGAGCAAAUAUUUAUUUUUCAUCGAUUAGCCGCAUACCAACAAUGUACGUUUGCUUUGUUCUUUCAUUUUUUAUUUAUCAUGUAGAGGCUCUGUAAUGCAACUGACAAUGAUCACUGAGAACCAUAAAGGGAAAAAAAAAGAUCACUUUAAACGUACAGUGGCAAAUG